AGUUGUGCAUGCAGCGAUUAGCACAGAACUACACGGGUCGAAUUGUUCCUAGCAUAUUCAAACCAUAUUAUUAGUCACCAGUAGCAUAUUACUUAGAUACAGCUUUUAAAUAUUCUGCAGAAGUCAAACAGAGCUCUGUUUAGUUUUCGCAAACAUCUGAAAAUGUUUAGCAGUGUUUCGCUCCGGGCUCAGAUCGCUUCCAUCAUAGAGGUACUUUCUAAAACUGCGGUUGCAGAAAUUAGCAAAGUAGUCGACGAUGGCAUAGUUGUGUUACGUGUGGAAAUGUGUCAACGGGAAAAUGAAAUCAACGUCCUGAAAAAGACUGUACAACAACUUGACAGCGAGCUUCGAAGAGCUCGAGGGAUUCAAGCUCGAAAACGCAUUCAUCAUGGUCGAUCAGUUGCUGCUGGGAAUCUUGGGAGAGGUGGGUCGACGUAGUAGUACUAACUCACUUUUACUAUCAAUCAAUAGCUAACUGUGCACGUAACAUUAGUCUUCUAACAAUGUUACCAUUUCGCAGGGAAACAAUGUAGCUAGGCUUAUUUAGUCAGCCUACUCACGUUCUCAGGGCUAAUAAUUUUCAGUCUGAAGGCCUCGUCCUCCAGUCAUAUCUCUGACUGCCCAAUGGGAUGGGAGAUGAAUAGGAAAGACUAUCAUUAUAACCAACUCAGUGGCCUUGUGGUCAGAGUGCAGGCCUACGCCCUGAGAUUGGAAGGUUGGGGGUUUGAACAAGUAUGAAAAAAUGUAUGCACUCUGGAUAGGAGCGUCUGCUAAAUGACUAAAAUGUAAGUGAUGUUUAUAUAUAGUCCUGGAUUGCUAAUGUUAUGUAUUGGCCAUCUAAAAAAAAACUAUACUUUAAGGAAAACGUUUUUAUGUAUUUUAUUUUUAUUUUUAUGUUUAGCUCACAUAAUAUAAUGUAAAAGUAUGAAUUAAGUAAUGUAGACAUUAAUAAAUGCGUUUCUAUACCUUCCAAAAUAUUUCUUUACAAUGGUGAGGGGAUUGCCAAGAUGGAGGCACAGUGGCUUCAACACAGCGCCCCCUGUCAGUCAUCUAGUGUAUUAUACAAGUCAUUGAUUUGAACACAGACUCUGUUUGGUACUUGCAUUAAGGAGAUGGAUUGGGAGUAAGGCCCUACAACAGACUAGUAUCCUGUCCAGGGGGUGUACUCAGUGGUUGAUUUGGGAGAUGGGUGGUCCCUAGUUUGGGGGGCGCGCUGGGGGUCGCGGAGGGACCUAACAGUAUUGGGGGGGAGAAUGACUGUGAGAAGGUCAGUUCUGGUGAUUUUUUAAAGGGAAAUCCUACUCCAAAAUAAAAUGAUACUGACAUCUCAAAUAUAAUUUCCCCCUCCAGAAAUGAGCCCAAUAUAACAUAUUGGUCUAUUUUGAUUACUAUUAAAACAAACGAUGAAGGAUUUUGAUGACUGAAUGUUUCCACAGGGCCUGGUAAAAGCGGUACCACUUGUGUGGGGAGGACGUCGCUUGAGAAACUGCAGCCUGAGGAAUAUGGUAAUGAAAAGGAUGAAGGCGUUCGACCUGCGGAUGAGACUCCAGUGAAGACUGAGCCAGGAGAGGAGGAGGGUGACCAGGAAGAGCACACUGCAGGGAGAAAAGACAAGGAUCAUCUGGAUGCUGAACUGUCAACGUACGAGAGAGUCAGCCAGCUGUGGAUGUCUAGUACACAAGAAGACAAUGAUAUGGAGACGAGCAAUUCAGAGGAUUUUAAUAACAGUUCAGGUCGGAACCCUCGGUGUCUCCCUGAUCACUCUCCUGGAACCUCCGGAAUGGCGGAAGCAUCAUGCAGCAGUGUUUCGUUUCCAGGGAAACCAUAUUUAGAGUCAGAUGUCAGACAGGAUAUGAUUUUACAGCUCAGACAGCAACAACAUUAUCGUCAGUCAGACGCGCUCAGGAGAACAAGCGACGGCACAGUAAAGUCAAACCCAGACCCUCAAAGCGUAUUCGGUUUUGGCCCUAAUUAUAAUACCGCAAGGAGAGCGAGGACCAAUAGGUUUUGCCAGGUUAAUAAACACUUCAUUUGCACACUGUGUGGAAAGAGUUUUGAACGUUACAGUCAUCUUGAAAGACAUCUGCGAAUUCAUACGGGUGAGAAACCGUACAGUUGUGACAUUUGUGGAAGGUGUUUCAACCAGAAGGGUAGCCUCAAAGGGCAUCUGAAGACUCACAGAGGUAAGAUACUAGAAUCACUAGAUAAUGACAUCAGAUAGUACGCUAGUUAUUAUAGGGCAUAAAUAAUUCCAUGUAUGCAUCCCAUAUGGCACCCUUUUCCCUAUGUAGUGCACUACUUUUGACCAGAGCCCAUAGGGUGCUAUUUGGGACACAACCGAUGCAUCAAUAUUUUAUCAAUCAAAUGUGAUCUUUCCACACAGUAUCGAUGGACGGACUAGCUAACACAGAGGAGAAGCCUUCCCUGGAUAGACGUCAGUCUGAGGAAGAGCGGUGCAACGAAAAGGACGAAGUGAUCCAAACUGCUCCUGAAAUGCCUAUGAAGUCUGAGCCAGGGGAGGAGAAGGAUGCAUCCCAGAUACUGGAUCAUAAAGCAGAAGAACAGACUGCAGGGAGAGCAGAACAUCAACUGGAUGAGGAACUGUCAAUGUACGAGAGAGACAGCCAGCCGUGGAUGUCCGGUUCACAAGCAGACAAUGAUAUAGAGACAAGCAAUUCAGAAUAUUUCAGCAGUUCAGGUCAGAACUCCCAGUGUCUCACUGAUCACUCUCCUGUACCUCCUGUCCCAGGUAUGGCGGCGGCGUCAUGCAGCAGUGCUUCAUUUCCAGGGAAACCAUAUGUAGAUGUCAGAGAGGAUAUGAUUUUACGGGUCGGACAGCAACAUUAUGGACCUUCAGACACACUCUUGAUAGCAAGUGACGGGACAGUACAGCCAAACUCACAGGGCAUGGACGGGGCUUCUCUGAACCAUCAGCCCAUCUUCUCUGGUUUUCCAAGGAAAGUUAAAACCUUCCAAGGAGUCACCAAGGACAAGAAGUGCUUCAUCUGCUCAUUCUGUGGGAAAGUUUUUGAGCGUGUUGGUCAUCUGGAAAGGCACCAGCGAAUUCAUACGGGUGAGAAACCGUACAGUUGUGACAUAUGUGGAAGGCGUUUCAACCAGAAGGGUAGCCUCAAAGGGCAUCUGAAAACUCACAGAGGUAAGAGACGAGAAUAAUAUUGAUUACAUUUACAUUUACAUUUUAGUCAUUUAGCAGACGCUCUUAACCAGAGCGACUUACAGGAGCAAUUAGGGUUAAGUGCCUUGCUCAAGGGCACAUUAACGUCAUUUAGCAGACGCUCUUAGCCAGAGCGACUCACAAAUUGGUGCGUUCACCCUAUAGCCAGUGGGAUAACCACUUUACAAUUUGGGGGGGGGGGGGGGUUAGAAGGAAUACUUUAGCCUAUCCCAGGUAUUCCUUAAAGAGGUGGGGUUUCAAAUGUCUCCGGAAGGUGGUGAGUGACUCCGCUGUCCUGGCGUCGUGAGGGAGCUUGUUCCACCAUUGGGGUGCCAGAGCAGCGAACAGUUUUGACUGGGCUGAGGGGGAGCUGUGCUUCCGCAGAGGAAGGGGAGCCAGCAGGCCAGAGGUGGAUGAACGCAAUGUCCUCGUUUGGGUGUAGGGACUGAUCAGAGCCUGAAGGUACAGGGGUGCCGUUCCCCUCACUGCUCCAAAGGCAAGCACCAUGGUCUUGUAGCGGAUGCGAGCUUCAAUUGGAAGCCAGUGGAGUGUGCGGAGGAGGGGGGUGACGUGAGAGAACUUGGGAAGGUUGAACACCAGACGGGCUGCGGCAUUCUGGAUGAGUUGUAGGGGUUUAAUGGCACAGGCAGGGAGCCCAGCCAACAGCGAGUUGCAGUAGUCCAGACGGGAGAUGACAAGUGCCUGGACCAGGACCUGCGCCGCUUCCUGUGUAAGGCAGGGUCGCACUCUCCGAAUGUUGUAGAGCAUGAACCUGCAGGAGCGGGUCACCGCCUUGAUGUUGGCGGAGAACGACAGGGUGUUGUCCAGGGUCACGCCUAGGCUCUUCGCACUCUGGGAGGAGGACACAGCGGAGUUGUCUACCGUGAUGGCGAGAUCAUGGAACGGGCAGUCCUUCCCGGGGAGGAAGAGCAGCUCCGUCUUGCCAGGGUUCAGCUUGAGGUGGUGAUCCGUCAUCCAUACUGAUAUGUCUGCCAGACAUGCAGAGAUGCGAUUCGCCACCUGGUGAUCAGAAGGGGGAAAGGAGAAGAUUAGUUGUGUAUCGUCAGCGUAGCAAUGAUAGGAAAGGCCAUGUGAGGAUAUGACAGAGCCAAGUGACUUGGUGUAUAGGGAGAAAAGGAGAGGGCCCAAAACCGAUCCCUGGGGGACACCAGUGGUGAGAGCACGUGGUGCGGAGACAGCUUCCCGCCACGCCACUUGGUAGGAGCGACCGGUCAGGUAGGACGCAAUCCAGGAGUGAGCCGCGCCGGAGAUGCCCAUUUCGGAGAGGGUGGAGAGGAGGAUCUGAUGGUUCACAGUAUCAAAGGCAGCAGACAGAUCUAGAAGGACAAGAGCAGAGGAGAGAGAGUUAGCUUUAGCAGUGCGGAGAGUCUCUGUGACACAGAGAAGAGCAGUCUCAGUUGAAUGACCAGUCCUGAAACCUGAUUGGUUUGGAUCAAGAAGGUCAUUCUGAGAGAGAUAGCAAGAGAGUUGGCUAAAGACGGCACGCUCAAUAGUUUUGGAAAGAAAAGAAAGAAGGGAUACUGGUCUGUAGUUGUUGACAUCAGUGGGGUCGAGUGUUGGUUUUUUGAGAAGGGGAGUAACUCUCGCUCUCUUGAAGACGGAAGGGACAUGGCCAGCGGUCAAGGAUGAGUUGAUCAGCGAGGUGAGGUAGGGGAGAAGGUCACCGGAGAUGGUCUGGAGAAGGGAGGAGGGGAUGGGGUCAAGCGGGCAGGUUGUUGGGCGGCCUGCAGUCACAAGUCGCAGGAUCUUAUCUGGAGAGAGAGGGGAGAAAGAAGUCAAAGCAUAGGGUAGGGCAGUGUGAGCAGGACCAGCAGUGUCAUUAGGCUUAACAAACAAGGAUCGGAUGUCGUCAACCUUCUUUUCAAAGUGGUUGACGAAGUCAUCCACAGAGAGAGAGGAGGGGGGGAGGGGGGGGGGGGAGGAUUCAGGAGGGAGGAAAAUGUGGCAAAGAGCUUCCUAGGGUUAGGGGCAGAUGCUUGGAAUUUAGAGUGGUAGAAGGUGGCCUUAGCAGCAGAAACAGAUGAAGAAAAUGUAGAGAGGAGGGAGUGAAAAGAUGCCAGGUCGGCAGGGAAUUUAGUUUUCUUCCAUUUCCGCUCCGCUGCCCGGAGCUCUGUUCUGUGAGCUCGCAAUGAGUCAUCAAGCCACGGAGCUGGAGGGGAGGACCGAGCCGGCCGUGAGGAUAGGGGACACAGAGAGUCAAAGGAUGCAGAAAGGGAGGAGAGGAGGGUUGAGGAGGCAGAAUCAGGAGAUUGGAGGGAGAAGGAUUGAGCAGAGGGAAGAGAUGAUAGGAUGGAAGAGGAGAGAGUAGUGGGAGAGAGAGAGCGAAGGUUGCGGCGGCGCAUUACCAUCUGUGUAGGGGCAGAGUGAGUAGUGUGGGAGGAGAGUGAGAGAGAAAAGGAAACAAAGUAGUGGUCGGAGACUUGGAGGGGAGUUGCAGUGAGAUUAGUAGAGGAGCAGCAUCUAGUGAAGAUGAGGUCAAGCGUAUUGCCUGCCUUGUGAGUAGGGGGGGACGGUGAGAGGGUGAGGUCAAAAGAGGAGAGGAGUGGAAAGAAGGAGGCAGAGAGAAAUGAGUCAAAUGUGGACAUAGGGAGGUUGAAAUCCCCCAAAACUGUGAGGGGUGAGCCAUCCUCAGGGAAGGAACUUAUCAAGGCGUCAAGCUCAUUGAUGAACUCUCCAAGGGAACCUGGAGGGCGAUAGAUGACAAGGAUAUUAAGCUUAAAUGGGCUAGUGACUGUGACAGCAUGGAAUUCAAAUGAGGAGAUAGACAGAUGGGUUAGGGGAAAAAUUGAGAAUGUCCACUUGGGAGAGAUGAGGAUUCCUGUACCACCACCCCUCUGACCAGAUGCUCUCGGGGUAUGCGAGAACACAUGGUCAGACGAGGAGAGAGCAGUAGGAGUAGCGGUGUUUUCAGUGGUGAUCCAUGUUUCCGUCAGCGCCAGGAAGUCGAGGGACUGGAGGUUGGCAUAGGCUGGGAUGAAGUCAGCUUUGUUGGCAGCAGAACGGCAGUUCCAGAGGCUGCCUGCGACCUGGAACUCCACGUGGGUGGUGCGUGCAGGGACCACCAAAUUGGAGAGGCAGCAGCCACGCGGUGUGGUGCGUUUGUGUAGCCUGUGCAGAGAGGAGAGAACAGGGAUAGGCAGAGGCAUAGUUGACAGGCUGUAGCAAAUGGCUACAAAAAUGCAGAGGAGAUCGGAAUGAAAUGGGCUAAGCAUCUGGGAGUGGAGAGAGCAGGGCCUCCCUCACCAAAUCUUCUAGCUCGGAAACUAAAAUUGUUUCACUGAACCACCCGAACAAAAACUCUCCCAACUUCCGCCUUUGGAAAUCAGAAUUGUUGUGAACCACAGCGGUUCAAUGUUUAAAGGAGUAGACUCAACCCACUUUGUUCAGCUAGCCAACUAUGACUCCAUAGCCAACUAGCAGACUAGCAUCCAAUAACAAUAACACACCGUUUAGCGCCAACACUUGGUCACAACAAACCACCAAUAUUGUGAUAUCACACUAAACAGAUCAUUCGUGUCUGUGUCAAGUUCCUUGUUGUUAAAAUUGAUGUGUUUUCAUACUUUUAAUACAUGAAAAAGGUUAACUCUUAAGUGCGUAAAUCAGUUAAUUAUUCUGUAAUUAACAGACAGUAUGCCUGUUAUAUCAUUAUAUAAGGCUGCGUCCUUAAUGGUACCCUAUUCCCUUUAUAGUGCACUACUUUUCACCUGGGCCCAUAGGGAUCUGAUCAAUAGUAGUGCACUACAUACAGAAUAGGGUGCCAUUUGGGACACAAAGUGUUUUCCCGUUCUCUAUCAGUGGUUUAUGAUUAAGUUAAACAGUUCACGUUGGAUGAUUUACAUUGUUUGAAUUGCCGUAUUGUUGUUAAAAUCUAUGCUAAAAUACUUCAUACUCUUUUCCUGUCAAGCAGACGGUGCUGACAUGCUAACGGGACAACCUCCGCUUGAUGAUGAGAAGCCUGACGUUUAUCCUAGACCCUCGGAGAACCCAGAGGAACCGACGGAUCAGCCCCCACCUGCUGAAGCACAGCCUGUCUGUGGGCACAGUGAGGAGGAGGGCAGGGGGCAGGGCUUGGUGGGGAAAGCGGAGCAAGAGAAACAGUUUGGAUCCCAGAUACUCAGUCAGUCAGGACAUCAACACCAACACACCACAGAGCGACCAGGUUAUCAGGACGACCCAGAGUAUGUCAUGGAUGGGAGGGAGACGCAGCUGUGUAGAUCUUUCACAGAGAGGCACAGUGAUACUGAGUCUGGAUCAGUACAUCCAGGUUGCUCCUCCGAUGUGACAAAGCAGCAGAAUUCCCAUCCUGUUUCACCCAGUGUCAAAUACCAUCACAGUCCUUUUGAUGGACUGCACCACCACCACCACCAGGGGUUCUAUACGUCAGCUUCUAGAGAGGUGGAACUUGAAGACUUGUCUUUUCAGGAUGAGGAAGACAAGCUGGAUAUGAUUGAGGAAGAGCAGUAUGCAGGGAUGGCUCUACAUGCAAGGAACAGGGAGGAUGCUGAUGAGAGAAUACUACCCAGGUUUCAGGACCGGGCACCACCACCACCACUUCCUGUAGAGGAGGAAACAGCGAUGAGAGAGUACAUCACAGAACCAAACUACAGUCAAGAGGGAAUUUUAUUUGCCCUUGGUAUAGACAGUUUUGACAGUACAGAGGGCAGC